ACCGAUGUGUACCAUCUAUUUUUGUAAAAUUAGAAAACCGAAUAGACCAAAUAAACCAAAGAUUGGGACUUUAACGGCAAAACAUGUGAUAAGGAGGAGGAAGCAAAAUGUGGUCGUCAAGCUUCUUAGCUUCUCCUCACAUCUCUUCUCCUCCCAAAUUAUCUCUCUUCUCAUCAUCGUCUUCAUCUUCCUUUUCUCAUCACAAGAUCCUCUGCUUUACCCCAAAUCCUUCAUCAACCAUUGGCAUCAAUCUCAGCAAAAGACACUUGAAUCUCUCGGUUCUCACUCUUUUAUUCAAUGGGUUCUUAUUGGAUAAGGCCAAAUCCACCACAGACCUUGUAAGAUUCACUGAUUCCAACAAUGGCUUCACUCUUCUCAUACCCUCUUCUUAUACCAAGGUAGACAAAGCAGGAGCCAAUGCUCUGUUUGAAGAACAGAACAAUGGAAGCAACAAUAUUGGAGUUGUAGUGAGUCCUGUCCGUAUAAAGAGUCUUGAAGACUUUGGUACUCCUCAAUUUGUAGCUGAUAAGCUCAUCAACGCUGAGAAACGAAAGGAAAGUACAAAGGAAGCUGAAGUUGUAUCAGUUGGAGAGAGAUCAGGACAAGGACAACAACAAGUGUACGAGUUUGAAUACAAGAUUGAUAGCACGAGAGGAGGGAUCAAGAGAGUUUUCUCAGCUGCUUUCGUGAGUUCUAAGAAGCUUUAUCUAUUGAACGUUGUUCAUUCAGACAAACCUGAGAACCCGUUGGAUUCAAGUACGAGAUUGUUGUUGGAACAAGUUCUUCACUCCUUUGAUGCUCUGCCUCUCACCAUGACAUGAACAAUUUCUUGUAAUGGGCUUUUUGAUGGGUUUCUUCUUGAGUUGAUGGGCUUUUCUAGUAAUUUAUUUAGCCCAAUAAGUCUGAGAUUUCUUUUGUUACAAAGACUGUCAGAAACAUUUGUAUUUGUUAAAAAAAGCCAAAUAAAAACAAAUAUCUUUCAACU